AUGGAUAUCAACCAGUUAGAAAGACAAUGCGCUGAUCUGUCGCUCGCGACGGAGGAAGCGGGCGGCCUGGAAGCCCCGGAAUCGCAGACGAUGCCGGAUGAAACGAUCCAGAACAAUCUGAUCGGCCGAUUUCUAACUAAUCGCCCGAUCCGGUUCGACCACAUGCAACACACAAUGGCUUCGGUGUGGCGCCCAGUGAUGGGUAUGUUCGACAUUCCUCUAGCGGAUGAUUUGUUCUUAUUUCAAUUCCCUCACCCGAGGGACCUGCAGAGGGUGAUCGACGAUGGACCAUGGUCAUUCGACAAUUAUCUACUGCUCUGUGAACCGGUUCCGCCAGGGAUCCGACCAGAGGAAAUCGAAUUGAAUUCGGCUCUGUACUGGGUUCAAAUACACGGGCUACCGUCGAUGUUCGCAUCGCAGGAAUUUUUAGCAAAAAUAGGAGAUUAUGUGGGCUCUUAUGUUGUGGCGGAUCCACAUAAUUUCGGGGGUAAUUGGAAGAGCCAUUACAGAAUCCGGGUGCGCAUGACCAUGACAACGCCUCUUAAACGCCGGAUGAAAUUAUUGCGAAGGGACGGCUCCUCACAAUGGAUUACGUUCAAAUACGAACGCCUCGGUACUUUCUGCUACUGCUGUGGGGUUAUGGGACACUCAGACAAAUUUUGCAAAACAGUCUACGAGGAAGGCAUAUUGCCGGAGGCUUUUCCCUUCGGUACUUGGAUGCGCGCAGGUCCGCGGAGGCAGGUGAAACCAGUCGGGGCUAAGUGGCUCCUAUCAUCAUCGACUCCGGCUGAGCCCACGAUGAAUACUCUGGCAGCCGGCCCGCCACCGGCCAUGAUUGUGGCGAUGGAAAAUACUGCGGGGCUCCAAGGAGAUCUGAAACGCCGACGUGAAGAGGAUGAGGCAGUCGGAACAAAGAGUGAUAUCGAUGUGCUGAUGACUGAUACGCUUAAACAGAAGGAAACGGUGAGUCUAGACGGCCAGGCUCGCAGGGAACAAUGA